AUGCAGUUUGCUUCCUUACUGCUUCUCUUGUAUAUUUUCUUGGGGCAAAUUUAUCCUACUGAAGCAGCAAAAUAUUUUGUUCGUCUGAAGAAGCCUCACACACUAGACCUCUUGUUCAAACAGGAUGAAGCAGAUGCAUCUGCUGAGAACCGAAUCUCUCUUCAUGGUUUAAGGGACCGAAUCAAAAAAAAGAUCUCUUUUGGAACGUUCGAAGGUUUUGUUGGUGAAUUCACAACAGAACUUGUAGAAAAACUAAAAAAGAAUUCGUUGAUUGCAGACAUAACUCCUGACAUUAUCGUCUCAUCUUGCGAUAUCGAAUUGCAGUCCCCCGCUCCUGAUCACCUGGCUAGGUUAUCCAAAGAAGGUGCCGUAAGAGCACAAGAUCGUCUUCUUGGACCGGAAUUUUUCUACGAUGGUGACUGGACUGGAGAAGGCGUCAAUGUAUACGUGAUAGACACGGGUAUCAGGGUAAAUCUAGAUGAAUUUGAGGGCAGAGCAUCAUUUGGUGCUGAUUUUACAGGCACUGGGAAAGAUGACUCUGUUGGUCAUGGAACCCACGUAGCUGGUCUUAUUGGCUCCAAAACUUUUGGAGUGGCCAAAAAUAUCAACUUGAUAUCCGUAAAAGCUCUCUCUGGUAAUGGGAGCGGUUCGCUUUCAGAGGUCCUACAGGCGAUUGAAUUCGCAGUCAAGCAUAUGAAAGCCAGUCGUAAGCCAGGUGUUGCUAACUUGUCUCUAGGUGCACCAAAAAAUUCAAUCCUUGAAAAAGCGAUUGAAGAGGCAUUCAAGAACGGUUUAGUCAUAGUAGCAGCAGCUGGCAAUGCCUUCGUGGAUGCCUGUAACACAUCCCCUGCAAACUCUCCAUAUGCAAUCACCGUUGGAGCUAUAGGUGAUCACAACGAUGAAAUAACUAGAUUUUCCAACUGGGGAGCCUGUGUCGAUCUUUUUGCAGGAGGGGACACAAUUGUAAGUGUAGGACUUCUCAAUGGAGUCGCUGUCCGCAUGUCUGGAACUUCGAUGUCUGCUCCAAUAGUCGCAGGCUUAGCCGGAAUAUUACUUGACCAGGGUGUGGCCCCAGAAGAUGUAAAAGGUAAGUUAAUAGAGCUCUCAGAUGAAGGGAAGAUCAACGAUAAUACUGGAAUUCUAAAGCCGGGAACUCCAAACCGAAUAGCCAACAAUGGAAUUCGAAAAAGUGAUUAUGAAGAUCAAAAAGAAAAUGACAAUGAUGAAGACGAUGAAGACGGGGAAGACAAUCUAGAAGACAUUGAAGAGGACGAGGAUUAUUGGGAUGAAGAGAGAAGGUAUAGGGAAUAUGCGGUAUCUAGUUUAGUCUUCUAA